AUGGUGGAUGAUUCAUACUACAUUACACCGCAUGAGACGGCUCUAGCUGUCGUAGCGACGUCUAUGAAAAAGGCGAGACUCCGGUUCGACACACUAGUGAUCAACUCUUUGAUGGGUGGUGUUCUUUUUUGUGCCGGUGGUUUGCUCUUUGUGAUGGCUAGGUCGGAAAAUCCAGCUAUAUUCGAACAGAAUCCGGGGCUCACGAACUUUCUUGGAGCGUUUACGUUUUCCAUUGGACUUUUCUAUGUUGUGAUCAAUGGUGCGGAUCUCUUCAAUUCGAACGUUUUGUUCUUCACGGUGGGGUUGCUGCGUGGUGCUGUGUCGAUAUACGACUUGGUCAUCAGCUGGGUAGUGAGCUUGCUAGGGAACUUGGCCGGUACGCUUUUUGUGUGCUAUGUGAUCUGUCACUUGUCCGGGGCCACGACUUCAGAUAUGGUUGUGACGGGCUCCAGGUCCAUUGCGGAGCAAAAGGCAAGCCCAAGCUUUAUACAGACUUUUUUAAAGGCUAUCGCAGGGAACUUCUAUGUAUGCGUGGCUGUGUACUUGCAAUUAAUGUGCAAACCGCUUCAUGUGAAGUAUAUUGUGAUGACGCUUCCGAUCUUCACCCUUGUGGCUUUGGGGUUCACACAUGUGGUUGCCGAUAUGUCAAUGCUUAUUAUCGGUAUGUUAAACGGUGCCAAUGUCUCUGUUGCCAAGUAUAUUUGGAAAGUGCUCAUUCCUGGUGCUUUGGGAAAUAUUGUAGGUGGCUGUUUCUUCAGCGGAGUGGUUCCAUACUACUUACACUUGUGUGUUGUGGAACGUGAUAGAAAGCAAUUAUCGUUACCAGAGUUUGAAGCCAGAGAUGAACAACCUGAGUUGAACAUGGACUCCAGAGUCGUGAGAGUCGACCCAAGAGAAGUGGAGGAGGCAGAAGAGGAUUCAGAUGUGGAUACAGAUGACGAAAGAUAUGGGUUGUUAGAAAAACAAUCUUCAGGUACUUCGGAUACGAACUCUUCUGAUCAGGUUUUGCCAUAUACUGGUACACCUCGCGAUUCAAGAGAAUUGAACAGAAUAAAUACGGCAAACACAAUGACUUCUGGUCGCUCUCACUCAUCUAGAGUAAGAAACCCUCCAGGUGUUUUCCCAGUGAGAGGUAUGGGUAAACCAUUGAAGAGAGAAAGAACCAUUGUUGACUCAGAGUACUCAGAUGAAGGUAAACAAUCUCCUAAACGUGCUCCUUCCGUGACAAACUCGUUCGACAUUAUCUCAACUCAUAGCGACAUGGACUCAAAUUUCGAUAAUCCAUUGGGAGUUAGUUCAUUGCCCCCUCAAGAAAGAAGAAAUUCUAUACUGCGUACCUUAUCUCGUAUACCUACUGCACAUCAUCCACCGUUGACACAUCACAAGACUCAUGAAGACUCAGAAGAAGAAAGAGAAGUGGAAGAAUACGAAAGGGAGGGCCACUACAAUGUUUUAGACCACAAACUAGGAACAAAACUAGAGCGCGCUCUAUCCAGGAUAGCUACACAUAAAUCUGACGACAACCAGCUACCAAGAACUACACAAGAUGUGUUCCCGGAACAAAGGCACGUAGACACACUUAACCCGAUGACUUCAAGAAGAAGUUCAACUUCGGUAAGUGGCAUCUUCAAGACAAUCAGUAGGCAGUUAGCUCCUUCGAAACAACCUACAGAUGUAGAGGAAAUACACAGGAGAUUAAGUCAAGCAGGUGUCACCACGAAAGCAGCUCAAGCAUCAGAUAAUAUCGCCGGUAUUGAUAAUUACGACGGAAUUGAAUUACCUCCAUCACAUUCACCAUUCUAUAAGAGACGACCAUCUAGUACCAGUAACUUUUCAUCAAAUUCAUUAUACACAGCGGGUUCCGUAAACAAAAGUAAGAAAACUUCACCUGCUGUAACUCCUGGCCCUCCAUCAACCGCAAGUAUGAGUGGUGGAGGUGCAUUGUCAGUAGCAGGUAAGAGACCACAGAAUCCGAUGAAAAACAUUAUUCACUAUGACAACGAUAACUUUGAAGAACAAAGUGUAAUGGACAUGGAUAUGAAAUGA